UCACGUCAUCGAUUUUUCAUCGUUCAGUCCGAGUCGUCGUCCGUCAGAAUCGGAAGGAAGCAGAACCUAAAAUCUGCGAAAAUCGCUUUUGAAAUUUUGUGUUUUCACAAAUUUUUGUUGGUCCAAAAUUGGUAAAAUUGCUUUCUUUGAAAAGGAGUGAGUGAUACUGCUUGGCCCGGACAACGAUGGCUUCCUGGGAGAUCCACGAUGACAUGAACUUUUACAUCACGGCUGAUAAGUUCUACAUCGAACCAAACGGGAAAAGUGAAGUGUUGAUAAUCGACCGGAUCAGUCGGGAAACGUCGCUUCAGGUCAAGACCAAUCAGCUGCCGCAGGGAAUACAGGUGCGCAAAAUAUGCGGAAUUCUGGGCGUGAUCAAGCUGAUCAGCGGGUUCCAUCUGGUCGUGAUGACCCACCGGAUAUUCGUCGGAAUCAUCAACUCGCAGGUCAUUUGGCGACUAGCCGGGUUCGAUAUCAUUCCCUUCGUUCCCUCGCUGACGCAUCUCAGCGAGACGCAGAAAGUGCAAAACAGUGUCUACUUGGCUAUGAUCAGGCAAGUGCUGGACACUCCGUACUACUACUUCUCGUACACGUAUGAUGUGACGCACACUCUGCAGCGAUUGCACUCGAUGCCACCGGAUUUCAUGCAGACGGGACUGUACGAUAGGGCCGAUUCGCGCUUCGUCUGGAAUGGGUACCUGUUGAAGCACUUCCAUCGGCCGGAGCUGCGGCAGUACAGUUUGCCGCUGAUCUUGGGAUUCGUCUCGGUGAACGACGUCAUGGUCAACAAUCACAGCUUCCAGUGGAUUCUGAUGUCUCGACGGUCGGUCCAUCGUGCCGGAACGCGUCUAUUCUGCCGAGGAAUCGAUCAGAACGGCAACGUUUCCAACUACGUGGAAACGGAACAGAUCGUCGAUGUCCGCGGGGAUAAGAUAUCUUUCGUGCAAACGAGAGGAAGCAUUCCGUUGUUCUGGCGCCAGACGCCCAACCUUAAGUACAAGCCUCCUCCGGAGUUGGUUGCCGGAAGGGAUCAUCUGAUCGCAUGUUCCAAGCACUUGGACGCUCAAUUGAUCCAAUACGGUCGACAGGUUCUGGUCAACUUGAUUGACCACCGGGGAGCCGAAGAUGUCCUGGAGAAAGCCUUCGCUACAACGAUUUCCACUCUGGGCAACCAAAAUGUGCGAUACGAAUCGUACGAUUUCCACGCCGAGUGCCGGAAGAUGCGAUACGAUAGGUUGCACAACUUGAUUGCCAGAUUGGCUCAUGAGCAGGAUGAAUUCGGGGUGUUCCACUUGAGAAGGGAUGGAACUCUGAUGUCCUCCCAGGAUGGCGUAUUCCGUACGAAUUGCAUCGAUUGUCUGGAUCGAACCAACGUCGUCCAGAGUAUGUUGGCCAAACGUAGCUUGGAGCAGAGCCUUAUCAAGCUGGGCGUCCUGACCACCGGACAGCGAAUCGAUCCAAGCUCGACCUUCGAGUGGCUGUUCAAGAACGUCUGGGCCGACAAUGCGGAUAUGAUUUCCACGCAAUACUCCGGAACCGGUGCGCUGAAGACGGACUUUACCCGGACCGGCAAGCGAACCAAAAUGGGCCUCCUCAAGGACGGGUCCAACUCUCUGACGCGUUACUACAAGAACAACUUCAACGAUGGCUUCCGGCAGGAUGCGAUCGAUCUGUUCCUCGGGAACUACGUGGUCAAGGACGGCGAAGGCCUCACCGUUCAGUGCCCGCUGGUGAUCCAGAAGGGCUGGAAAUAUGGAACAUUCCCCGUGGUUCUGCUGUUUGCAUUUGCCAUGUUCUUCACGUCGGUGGUCUACCCGCAGGAGUACAACACCGAGAGUCUGCUGUUCGUGCUGUUCUGGGGCUCGAUGGUGGGCGUGACCGGGGCCGGCAUCCUCAAGUACGGCGUGGAGUUCGUCGACUGGCCCAAACUGGUGCCGGCGAUACGCUCCAGCGGCAAGAUGGAAGCCUGACGGUAUCGGUAAGAAUGGAAGACCCCCGAGGGGGGAAAAACGUCCAUUUCAGCAUUCGGUGAUUUAAAAAUGGUUUUUCAAAAACUGAUUUUACAAUAUAUGGUGGGAAAAGUAUCGAAUUUGUAGGUCUCUUAAAUGGUUCCAGUUAAUUGAAUUUAAAUACACGCUUCUAGAAUCCUUCCCUCCCCCUUUCCAGUUUCAACUAUUCCAACGGUGAAUUUCAGGCGACGAUUCCAAAAGGCAAUUGCAAUAAAAAUCCUAGACAUUCAUCAUGAAA